AUGGAUUCCCUCACUUGUGAAAUGGAAUGGAAAGUAUAUAAUUUUGAUAAACAUGAGCAAUUUUUGAAAAAUGGCCAAUUUUUAACGAGCAAGCAAUUUUACAAUCCAAAAUGCCCUUCUGUUAAAUGGGAAUUACGUCUUUACACAACUAAUUAUCGUUAUGAAUACAAUAGUAUUAUUUACUAUGCGAGCAAUUCUGUUUCUCUUGUUCAAGUGGGGCUGAAAGACAUGAAUGAUUCAUUGAAAGCUAAAUUUAAUAUUUAUAUAUUGGGUGAUAAUGGAAAUAAAUCAUCAAUUAGUGGGUAA